AUGGAUUCCUUGUCUUUCUUUUUUUCUUUCACUUGGUUUCUCUUUUUGAUAUUCUUUUACUUUUUCUUAUUUUUCUUUUUUCUCUUUCGUCUUUCUACAUCCUCCUCUCUCUCUCUCUCUCUCUCUCUCUCUCUCUCUCUCUCUCACAUACAAUUUUUCUUUCUCCUUGCAAGCCCUCCUCUUUGUUUUUCUUUUGAAAUUAUUUAUUUUUCUUUCUGUUUUUCUCCUUUUAUUUCUCUAAUUUUCUUUCUUUUUCUUUCUCAUUUCAUGAGAAAUAUUUAUUUCUCUUUCUGUUCCUUUCUCUUUUCUAAUGCUUACACAUUCCUCUCUUUCUCAUUUCUCGUAAUUUUUUCUCGCUUUCCCAGAUUUCUUUUUUUCAGUUCAUUUUUUUCUUUUACUCUUUUAUUCUUUUCUUAUCUGCCACAUUUCUUUCUCUACAACUCCUUUUCUUUCUUUCCGAUUCUCUUUUUCUCACUACCUUAUUUUCUUUUUGACUUUUCCCUCUUUUUUUUCCCUUCUUUCUUCGUCUCUUCUAUCUUUUUAUCUCUCUUUUUUCUCUUUCAAACUUUCGUCUUUCUCUCUAUUAUUUUUCUUGUAUUUAUUGCAAUGCUCACAUACAAACCUUUUCCCUUGAAUGCAUAA